AAAAUGUCCAGAGCAAUACGUAGAUAUGUGAAUUCAAAGGAGGAAAUGGAAUACAAUAGAGGAUAUAGUGCUGAAGAGAUGCAAGCAGCUAAAUUGCGAAAAGCUUUUGUUUAAAAAUACAUUGCAGAUUUUGAUACAAACUUCUACAAGACAUAAGAAGAAAGAGAUUGGGGUUAUGUAGUCAGAAGAGAGUACAGUUUUAAUUAAGGAUCCUAGGUAUCGAUAUGAUGUCACAUAUACAUCACUUGUAGAUGGAUGGGCAUGUGCUGCAGUAGUAUCAAUGGCUAGGAUGUUUUAAACAAAAAGAUUCUCUUGGGCACCAUAUUUUGUUGUCUGGCCAAUUGCUUAUCUUUACUUUUAGCCAAUCUAAUUUUUGAAACACAACAAAAAAUAUUUUGAUAUGUGCAAUUUGGGAGAAACAUUUUAUCUUGGAAGAGAAAGAAAUAAGGUUCUGGCUGAAUGUAAUAGAAUCUUGGAUAGAGAAGAUUUCUGAUCUUUAACAUAAUAUACA